CUGAACUCCUUUUGUUUUCUUCUCUGCAGUUGGUUCAGAGAAAAGGGUCCCAGCAAUGCCUGGAUCGCCUGUGGAAGUGAAGAUACAGUCAAGAUCCUCACCACCCACCAUGCCACCCCUCCCGCCAGUAAAUCCUGGAGGACCGAGACCAGUGUCCUUUACUCCUACAGCAUUAAGCAAUGGUAUCAACCAUUCUCCUCCUAACCUGAAUGGUGCACCAUCCCCACCACAGAGAUUCAGCAAUGGUCCUGCCUCUUCCACAUCAUCAGCACUGACAAAUCAGCAGUUGCCAGCCACGUGUGGUGCUCGACAGCUCAGCAAAUUGAAACGGUUUCUUACCACUCUGCAGCAGUUUGGAAAUGACAUCUCUCCUGAGAUUGGAGAGAAGGUUCGAUCACUUGUACUAGCAUUGGUGAACUCAACAGUGACUAUUGAAGAAUUCCAUUGCAAGCUCCAAGAGGCCACAAAUUUUCCUCUUCGUCCUUUUGUGAUUCCAUUUCUCAAGGCCAACCUGCCCCUGCUGCAGAGAGAACUGUUGCACUGCGCUCGCGCUGCCAAGCAGACCCCAUCCCAGUACUUGGCCCAGCACGAACACCUUCUGCUUAACACCAGUAUCGCGUCUCCUGCCGACUCUUCUGAGCUGCUCAUGGAGGUACAUGGAAAUGGAAAGAGGCCCAGUCCGGAGAGGAGAGAAGAAGGUAAUUUUGAUAGAGAUACUGUUCCUCCUGAACCUCCUGCCAAGAGAGUGUGUACCAUCAGCCCUGCUCCUCGGCAUAGUCCUGCCCUCACUGUGCCUCUUAUGAAUCCAGGGGGCCAGUUCCAUCCUACUCCUCCACCUCUUCAGCACUACACCUUAGAAGAUAUUGCAACUUCCCACCUGUAUCGGGAACCCAACAAGAUGCUAGAACAUCGGGAAGUUCGUGAGAGGCACCACAAUCUUGGUCUAAAUGGAGGCUAUCAGGAUGAAUUGGUAGACCACCGUUUGACAGAGAGGGAAUGGGCUGAUGAAUGGAAACAUCUUGACCAUGCCCUGAAUUGCAUAAUGGAAAUGGUGGAAAAAACCAGGCGCUCCAUGGCAGUUCUCAGGCGCUGUCAGGAAUCUGAUCGGGAAGAACUGAACUACUGGAAAAGACGAUUUAAUGAAAAUACAGAGAUGAGGAAAACAGGGACUGAGUUGGUCUCCAGGCAACACAGCCCCGGGAGUGCAGAUUCUCUAAGUAGUGAUUCUCAACGGGAAUUCAGCAGACCAGGAACAGGAUAUGUCCCUGUAGAGUUCUGGAAGAAAACAGAAGAAGCUGUGAAUAAGGUGAAAAUUCAGGCUAUGUCCGAAGUACAGAAGGCUGUUGCUGAGGCUGAGCAAAAAGCUUUCGAAGUGAUUGCAACAGAGAGAGCUCGAAUGGAGCAAACCAUAGCAGAUGUCAAACGACAGGCUGCAGAGGAUGCCUUCCUCGUCAUCAAUGAGCAAGAGGAGUCCACUGAGAAUUGCUGGAACUGUGGCCGCAAAGCCAGUGAGACAUGCAGUGGCUGCAAUAUUGCACGGUACUGCGGCUCUUUCUGCCAACACAAGGACUGGGAGCGGCACCACCGCCUCUGUGGCCAGAGCCUUCAUGGUCAGAGUCCUCACAGCCAGAGCCGACCGCUGCUGCCUGGAGGGAGGGGCUCCUCAGCCAGGUCCACUGACUGCAGUGUGCCCAGCCCAGCCCUGGACAAGACCUCAGCCACCACCUCACGUUCCUCAACACCUGCCUCUGUGACAGCCAUCGACACCAAUGGACUCUGAGCCCCAGACUCCACUGACCCUGAUGACCCCUCCACACAGCAGAUCCUUUGCACAAGGGGUUGGCUGUUGAAGCAUGUAGUUGUUGGGUCAUCCACAGGAAAUGAAGCAGCGACAGGAAGCGUCCAAGCAACCCCCCACCCCC